UUUAAAAAAGCAACACUAAGUUAUAUUAAGGCAUAAAAAAGGAAGGAAAUGCUUCACAGAUCAGGACAUUUCUAUGAACAUUUGCGCAUUGUGCAAACCAUGAAUAAGUAGCAGCUGCACUUGAAAUCAUUGUUCAGGUCAGCUGAUCUUGUAACCACAGCAUUAAUAAUAGCCUUUACAAGAUAGGUUUCAGUGAUAUCCUAACUUUGUCAGGAUUUAGACUGGUUGUCCUCUUUAGUGUACAAAAACCUAUGAUAGGAUCCUACUUAAAUUGUAGAUUCCUGGGCCUUACCUCUAGAAACUGUAAUUCAUUUGUCUAUGAAUGCACCCAGGAAUCCACAUUUUUAAUAAACUCUCAGGGUGAUUUAUCUGAUGCAGGUGGCAGCCUGACAUACUUUGAUAAACACUGCCAUAGUUGAAGCUCAUUUAGAUGUAAGCUUUAAGGUCUUUUCUAACCUGGAACUCUGACCUGCCUGGGUGUGGGAGGUUCAACAGUGUGGAAGGCCAGGGUUUCAUGGCCCAGUGGUCCUAGAUGCUCAUCAGAACCACCUGUGGGGCUUUUAAAACACUGCGAUGCCCAAACCCCAUCUUAGAAUCUACUGACUCAGAUUGUCUAGGAAUGUCAUAUGAGCACCACAGGUUAUUCAGAACUGAAAUCUGUCCAGUAAACUAAUUGAUAUGGAACACAAUAUUGAUGGGGCUUGUUUCUAAUAAGCUAUACUGAUAUGUGUUGGUAAAGACAGUAUGGCUUGGAAUGGUGGUCAUUGGUAGGGUCAGCUGCCUGCAAGUUAUUGGGCUCCCAUAGUUUCUACCCCAUUGAUGGCUGCAAGUUAAUUUUGGUUUUCUUGAUAACUCUUGAUGUCACUACAUAGUUUUCACCUCUAGAUGGCAGCAAAGGCUAGUUAUAUUAUGAGGACAACUCUAAAUGUCAUUCUCAAAUCUUUUAAAAAAAUGAUGCUAUUUUUUUUCUUCUAUGAAUUUUAUACUUGGACAUGUUUCAGUAAAUGAGGUAUAGUGCUUUAAAAUGUGUCAUCUCUUGGAUCAGUUUUUAGAACAGUAUGUCAAAUAGCUCCAAGAAAGUUUUAUCCAAAUUUGGAGUGCAUAUUGCAAGAGAAAUCCGUGCAUAUGCGUCUUUUAGGACCACACAGUGAAUGUUCUACUCAAGAGUUGGAGGCUCCUGGGUUUCAUCAGAAAGCAGAUGUUUUGGAGGAGAUUAAGCAUGUUGGAAAGCUCAUUCAUAGAAGAAAAGCAUCAGAUGGUGAAGGAGGAGACACAGCAAUGAUGCAGCAGGAGACAGCUCCAGUUCGUGCCCUGUCAAAGAAAACUGAACAGCCUAAAGAAUGUUUCUUGAUACAACCAAAGGAAACAAAUGAAGAUGCCACCAAGACCAGGAAGAGGAAAAAGAAGAAAAUUACUGAUGUUCUUGCAAAAUCAGAGCCAAAACCAGGGACACCUGAAGACCUACAGAAGCUGAUGAAGGACUAUUAUAGCAGCAAUCGCUCAGUGAUUGAAUUAGAAGAACUAACCCUACCAGACUCCUGCUUCCUCAAAGCCAAUGAUUUGACUCACAGUCUUUCAUCAUAUCUAAAAGAAAUCUGCCCUAAGUGGGUGAAACUUCGGAAAAACCACAGUGAGAAGAAAUCCAUCCUGAUGCUGAUUAUCUGUGGCUCUGCCAUCCGAGCCCUGGAGCUCAUUAGGUCAAUGACCGCAUUCAGAGGAGACAGCAAAGUCAUGAAAUUAUUCGCAAAACACAUAAAGAUCCAGGAGCAGGUAAAAUUGCUGGAGAAGCGUGUGGUACACCUGGGUGUAGGAACUCCAGGAAGGAUUAAAGAACUCAUUAAACAAGGUGGCCUUAAUUUGAACCCCUUAAAGUUUCUGGUUUUUGACUGGAAUUGGAGAGAUCAGAAGUUGAGAAGGAUGAUGGACAUUCCCGAGAUAAGAAAGGAGGUUUUUGAAAUUCUGGAAAUGGGAGUCCUCAGCCUAUGCAAGACAGAAUCUUUGAAGCUGGGCCUUUUCUAAGUCUGGGUCCUAUUGAAAAUUCCUGUUUUCAUGGUGGGAUUUGCAUGGCUCUGGUCCAUUGCAAGCAGUUGGUAAAUAUCAGCUAUUGUUUUAUUAAGUUGAUUGUAUAACCAGAUGGAUCACUGGGACUCUUAGGUGGGGAUUCUUUUACAAAAAUGAAUCUGUCCUUUGCCAACUCCCUUGUAUAAUAAAGUAUCACUGGCUUGUGUG